GUGAAAUUAUUUCCUAAUUAAAUACGUUUUCUCGUAAGGAAUAGGGUUAAAGUGCCGAUGACGGCAAAAAGCAUGUUUAUUUCAUAUUUCACGCUGUAUUUGUGCUCCCGAAUGAAAUGGACUGCUUGGAUGUGUGUGGAAGCGAACAAUUUUUAUAUUUAUUUAAUCCUGCGCCAUGAAAAUGAAUGACUUCCUGGAUUGAGGGCAAAUGCGAAUGUGACGUCACCGGGUCAACAUCUCACAAUACAGCAAUGCUUUAUAGCAUGCAGGUGGACUGCGGAUUCAGCCGGUUUUGCUGAUUAAUUCAUUUUUCGCAUCACGCCAGCCAAACGUAGGUUUUUGAUGCUGCACCAGGGAGAGGCGUGUGAGCCUUUUUGGGUUUCAAAAAGUUCCCAUUCACCGCGGAGAUUGGCCAAAAGUCCGACAACUAUGGGACUAUAGUACUUACGUGGAAGUGAGGAAACUACAUGUUUUGUAUUAUGUCAACUACUGGGAUCAUGGCACACGUUUUAAUAGGGAGAUGGCUUGCAUUUUGUGGCUGACAAUGCUCCUUGUCCACCGAGAAAGCCACUCGGCCGACGACCGGCGGCUUGUCGUGCACCCCGUUUAGUUCUCUUCGCGUGCCAGCCAACAAUGCGCUUGGCUUGGCGACGAGCAGUGGCAGCCCGCCGUGGCUGCAGUAAAACGACGAGCUGUAACUUGCUCGCCCCGGGGGCUGGCCGAUCCAGCCCGCUGAGUCCUCUUCGCGUGCCCGUCGAGAAUGCACUUUCGCCGGCUUAACCACGAGCAGCUCCACGCUCUGACGUUGGCCGGUUUGUCCACCGAGAAUGGGCUAUUUUCAGCGUUCAAUCCCGGCGACAAGCACUGCCAGCCUACCGUUGUUUACGCUCUUUCCUCCAUCUCCGAAGCCAGGGUAGGGAAAUGACAAACGCUGGACUAACUCGGUGGCGUAAAAUACCGUCCGGGAGAGGAAGAAGUCCUCAUUUUUUAUCAUUAGGCAGCAGUGUUGGGAGCAGAGGUUGCGCUAGACUUUUUUGUUGUCUGUCAUUUUGACUGACAGUGUCAUAAAAAUCCGGUCAUAAUCUAUUUUUACCCGUCACAUUUUUAAAAUGAUAAUGACAUAUUCAAUAGUAUUUAGUUUUCAUUCAUUUUUAAUUAAUAUUCUGUCCGAACAAGCUUAACAAGAGGCAAACAGACAGCGGAGUGCACCAAUCAGCGACGGGCAGACGUGCCGUUAGCAAAGCGACGAGGGCAGGACGAGGGAUUUGCGCGCGGAAGUAAACAUACGAGGAAAACAGAGUUUAUUCAACAUGGCUAGCGCGAGACAGACUGUUGUCAAUGUCUCGUGUUGAUGUGUUUUAGCUCAUUUAAAACUGAAUUUAAAUGAGCAUAUUCUCGGCUCUGCCGUUCGCCAUCUGUGUUGUUGCAGAGACGACUUUCGGCGCGCAAGAGUGACGUUGCUCGUGAAGAACACGUCACGCAAAUAAAAUCUGAUUUGUCGAUUGAUUUUGUACCUACUCGAGAGGCUGUGUCCUAGACAUUUCUCUCAGUGUUUGAAAAAUACAGGGAGAACAGUUUGGCCGUGCCAGGCAAACACUCAGUUGCCUUGACAUUUUUCCGAGUAAGGCCAACGACGUCAUGCAUCAAGAGAAACAAUAGCUAAUUAAUAUGCUCACUCGCCACCCUGUGGUCUGGGGUGUGAAUUGCAACCUGUCAAAAUGACGGAUGGACUUGAGUUUUUUCCGUCACCGUUUUAAAAAACCGGUCAACGACGGAAAAUAUUCGGUUAACGCGACCCCUGGUUGGGAGUAACGCCAUUACGUAACGGCGUUAUUUUUUCAGUAACUGGGUAAUCUAACUAAUUACUUUUUCCGCCAUUACAAUGCCGUUACCGUUACUGACGGUCAAAAGCGGUGCGUUACUUACUCUGAAUAAACUGAAGAAACUACCAGCCGUGUCGAGUCGACUCUCUGCUCUGUUGAUUUGUCAUCCAAGACUUGGGGUGUGUUCAGGUUCGAGAAUAGCGCACGUACUUCUGACUCCAAGCUGUUAGUCCCUGCUCAUUCAAUUAGACAAUGCUUUCCAAAGUUUGGUAACGUUUCUGUGUUUGCUACACCUGAUGCUAGCCUCGUUCCCAUCUCCCACUGUCAGCCAGCAAUAAUUCUGCUUCCAUCAAGGUGACGUGAAUUGUCGGGAAACGAGCAUACCUGAAUGCAGGCCCUAGAGAGAUGCGAUGGAAGUGAUUGUGAUUGGCUGAGGGUUAGAGUCACGUGUCGUGGUAAGCCAAUCAGAGCCGGUGAUUUCACAAGCAAACCGGAACCGCGUGCGGCAAACACACACGCAAAACAGAUGCACAGGGUCGAGAUGGCAGAGCAUUCAUAAGAAAAAAUGUCCUUUAAGAGGUGGAGAUAGAGACACUAUUUCAAGUUUGUCGAAAUUAAAGGAAAGAACCUGCAUGUAAUGUGUAAUUUAUGUCCCGGGGCAAAGCUUUUGUCGACAUCUGUGGUAAGCAAUUCAAAUCUGCUGAAGCACCUAACAAGUUAACUACCUGUCUGUUCUUCUCUAUUCUGCUGACUCGAAUACUGCUCGGAAAAUUUCAAAUUCUUUGACAUACAACAAGUUCUUUUUAAAGUAACGGAAAUAGAUACUUUCCCAGGUAAUUAGUUACUUUUACUAUAGAGUUAUUCAGUUACUCAGUUACUUUUUGGAAGAAGUAGUGAGUAAUGUAACUAUUUUUUUAAAGUAACGUGCCCAACACCGUUAGGCAGUAAUUUUGCCCUGUCCUACUGAAUAAAUACAUUUUUAAUAUUUCAUAUUCCAUUUAGCACAAUACUGUUCUUUGUCAUGACCGUACCAUUUAUUUAGCAAUUGGGAGAAAAUACUUGGAUAAAAAGAAUAUCCUGUAAAAAUAGUGGAGAAGAGAGGUUGAAAGAAUCGUGACAUUUUGAUGCUGUCUGUCGCAUUUUCCUCGUUUUGUUGUAAAGCAGAUGAAAUCGUGACCCUGAUGACGUCAUCAUUCAGCUGGGGAGGCUAGAGCGCUAUAGUGACAGGCGAGGCUAAACGGCAGAUUAAAAGACUAAUUUCUCGUCAUCUGUGCCUUGCCAAAUUGUUGUUAUAGUCGAAUUGUCUCAAAAUAUGAUUCUAAUUCACAUAAUGCUAUUCAAGGUUUUAAUGCUGUCACAGGCACUUUAACCUUCAGGGGGAAAUGGUUAAAUGACGUUGUUCAAUAGAGGUGGCAGGGUGGGCUUUGUGAGAAAUUUUAACCAAUGGAAGGUUGUAAACUUGUAACCGGGGCAGCAACUCCAAAUAUGAUUGGUGGAGACGCGAGGAAUCCCAUUGGCGGUAAGAAUUUCAAAUUUUUUACACCUGCACGUGCUUCCGUGUUUUCACCUUGACUUUACAAAGAAGCAAACGAGGGCUUCAUUUGUCGGACUGCUGUGUUUGUGGAAUAUUCAGCUAUCAGUAUUCAAAAUCAAAAUUGGGACAUCCCUUGUUGAUGGUCAAUUCACCUCUACUCAUGCACAUCAACUUCCAUCUCUCCUUCACCUUCUCCUCCACUCUACUGCUCUACUUUGUCUGGGCAGAAAUGGAUCUGGCUAGAGCGCCUGGCUUUUGCUUUCACAAAGCAGGACCCGCUCAUCCUCAGGUGCCAUGGAGGCGGCACUGAUCUCGUCUGCGGGAGCUCCUCUUUUACGGUGCGGUCCGCCACCACCUCCACCACCACCACCUCCUCCGCUGCAGCGUCUCCUGCCCCCACCACCCUCCUGUCGGCAGCGCUCCAUGAAGAAGCUGAACUGGGACACCAUCCCCAGCCAGCACGUGCUGGGCAAGCUCAACGUGUGGACGUCAGAGCUGCCCCCCAGAGAGCUGGUGCUGGACACCCGAAGCAUGGAGGAGCUCUUCAGCCAGGUGGAGCGGCGGGCCUGCGCCAAGGCCGCCGCCUCCCAUGCCCACCCGCCCCAGCCUCAGAUGAGCAUUCUGGACUCCAAAAAGAGUAUGAACGUUGGCAUCUUCCUCAGAUAUUUUAAGAGGCCGGCGGCAGAACUUGUGAUGGACAUUGUCCGGGGAAACUGGCGCGCCUUUGACGGCGGCAAGCUGACAGAACUCUGCAAACUGCUACCCGACGAAAGCGAGGUGAAAUCGCUGCUGUCCUUCAAUGGAAACGUGUCGCUCUUGCCCGAGGCCGAUUGGUUCAUGGCGCAGCUGGUCAAGGUGCCAGGCUACGAGGAUCUUCUGAAGACCUUGGUCCUGCGCCAAGAGUUCCCGCUGCUCAUGGAGGAGACUAACAAGUCGCUGGCCGUCAUGAUCAAAGCGGCUAAUGAGCUGCUGGACUGCGAUGAUCUUCAUGCCGUCAUACGGCUUGUGUUGAAAGCUGGCAAUUACAUGAACGCUGGCGGAUACAGCGCCGACGCCAUGGGCUUCCGGAUGGCCUCACUGCUCAAACUGGCCGACACCAAAGCCAACAAGCCAGGCGUUAACCUCAUGCACUAUGUCGCCAAGCAAGCGGAGGACAGUGACGGCGAACUGCUGACCUUUCCCAGCCAACUGGAGCACAUCGGGAUGGCGGCCAGAAUCUGCAAAGAAGAAGUGCUGGCUGACUUGGAGCGACAAGUCGAGAAGCUCGAGGAGGUCAAACUCUAUGUGGGGAGACAUCCUGACUUCCAACAGGAAAUGUCGCCCUUUCUUAUGCAAUGCGAGGAGCAGCUUUUGUCGCUAAAGGUGUCGGCGCGGGAGCUCGACGUGUUGAGCUACGCUGUGGCCGAGUAUUUCUGCGAAGACCCCAACCGCUUCAAACUGGAGGAAUGUUGCGCCAUUUUCCAUUCCUUCUGCCGGCGCUUUCGCACCGCCGUGCAGGAGAAUCGCGAGCGCGAUGCGGCUGAACAGCGUCGUGAGCGCAAAGAGAGUAUCCGCCCGAGCACCAAACGCAAGUCCGACCUGAAGUUGCCGAUGUCAAGCGAGUCCAGUUUGGAGUCGGCCUUGCGGAGUUUCCUGUCUGAAGGCGCCCCCGCCGGCAGGUCCCGGAAGACCGCCCGGACCCCCGCGCCGGGGGUUCAGAGUCCCGAGAAGAAAGCCAUCAAAGAGGAGAUCUUCCCCCGGACCCCAUCGCCUCCGAGGACUCCUCCCUCGAUGAGCAGAGACGUUUUCUUCGCCCGCAACGGCGACGCGGACUCGCCGUGGACCAUCCUGAGCCCGCUGGCCUGCUCGCGGCAACGACGGGACGGCCCGGAGGCGGAUGAGAGCAUAAGGGAAAGAGGUCCCCGAGGCCGCUCGGCAUCCGUGGACUCUGCCCGAUGGUCGCCACCUCCGCUCGCCACCUUCCGACUGAGGACAUUGUUCCGGAAGGGAGCCGGCCGUCGCACGUACUCGUCUGGGUCCGGUGACCCCGGUGCCCCCUUCGCCCUUAUUUCCUUCUUCAAACGCUUCGGAGGCAAACGCGAAGCCGCCGAGGAACGCAACUGUACAACAAACGUGACUUGAAUUUUUUUUUUUUUUUUCUCGCUCAAAAAGCGAACAAGCAACUGAGCACUUGCUUUUGUUCCUUAGCAAUUUUGGGUCAGACAAAUCUGCUCCCUUUUAUUUUUUUUUUCUGCAAUAAAAUAUAUUUUGCUACCUUUUUACUUGUGCUUGCAUAGAAUCAACCAAGAAUCUUUAUUGGCCAAGUAUGUUAGAUAAUUAGUCUACAUCAAUGGUCCCCAACCACUGAGCCGAGUACCGGUCCGUGGCGCAGAUGCUACCGGGCUGCACAGAAAUAAUAAUUUGUUAACAACCACAUUCUUGCCUGUGUCCCUUGACACACCAAUCUGCCUGCCUACUCUAUUGACUAAUCCGAGUAGAACUAGGUGGACAAUGCCCUCAUGUGGUGGCCGCCAUUACUGGGGUGUUUACACAACUCAGUAGCAGCACAGCUUCAGUCAAUGUAAGUAGUAACAUUAGCUGCUGGCUGUGUGCUGCGGCGGAACACCUCAGCAAUGGCGGAUGGGGUAUGUCCGGUCGUUUUGCUUGGAUUAGUCAAUAGAUAAAAAUGUCAUCACAGCAAUAAAAAAGUAGAUGCUAACUCCAAUUGAUAUCUAUGUGCGCUUGUCCUCGAUAAUGAUAGCCGCAUCAAAUUUGUUCCCGGAAAUAAUAAGACCACACGCUAGCGAAGAUGACUGAUAAAACGGACGUCUUUAGACAGCUUUUUACAGGGAAAAGGCCACCUGUCGAGUCAGAAGCCUAGCCAAGUCCAGUCUGCAUAAUAUUUGGCCAAAAGUUGGUAAACGUUGCAAUUAAGUCUUCAAAGCUGCUUUGGCACAUGGAGACUAAGCGCCCUGGAAUAAUGGAUAAGCCUUUGGAAUUUUUGAAACAAAAAAAGCGUGAGCACAAAUGACAAACAAUUAGCAAGGGCCACUACAUCAUCAAAAGCAAAUGCACUGAGUGCAUCAUCGCCUACCU